UCAAGUUGACUUCACUAUGUCCGUUCUAGAGAAGGUUUCCUCUUCCCAGCUCGAGCCCUCGCGGGAAGAGCAGACGGAGGUGAAAGCUCAAAGUUCAAUCACGGAUGCGGAGACUGCGAACAAUAAGCAAUCCUCGGCCGGAGAUCCACCAGUUCGAAAACUGAAGCCCAUGUCUUGGUUCUUCGUUGUAUUUUCCUUGCUGGCUGCCCUAUUUCUCUUUGCACUCGAUAACACCAUUGUUGCCAAUAUCCAAGAAAACAUCAUAUAUACGCUUGGAGGUAUUGAAAAACUGCCUUGGAUUUCCGUCGCGUUUGCUCUAGGCGCUGUUGCAACCAACUUGCUCUGGGGUCAGUUGUACUCCAAUUUCGAGAGCAAAUCACUUUUCGUCUCCAGUGUGGUCAUAUUCGAGGUUGGCUCUGCGCUUUGCGGAGCUGCUCCGUCACUCGAUGCACUCAUAGGCGGUCGGGCCAUCUGUGGCAUUGGAGGAAUGGGCAUAUAUCUAGGGACAAUCAACAUGGUAUCUGCCCUGACAAAUGAUCAGGAACGGCCCAUGUACCUAGGAUUUGUUGGGCUAACAUGGGGUAUUGGCACAAUUCUUGGGCCUAUAAUUGGCGGUGCAUUCACUGACAGCUCUGCCACAUGGAGGUGGUCCUUUUAUAUCAACCUCUGCAUCGGAGGUCUUGCUGCCCCUAUUUAUUUAUUCCUCCUGCCGGUCGCUGAUCCUCACCGAGGCCAAAGCUUUCUUUCCCGGGUAAAGAACCUGGACUUGGUAGGGACAGUACUUAGCGCCGGCGCGAUCACAACCCUCGUGAUGGUCAUUUCAUUCGGCGGUAGUGUCUAUGCAUGGAACAGUGGUCAGACAAUCGGCCUCUUUGUCGCGACGGGAGUUCUCUGGAUCGCUUUUAUACUACAGCAGCGGUUCUCCUUGCUCACUAAGCCUCAAAGCCGCCUCUUUCCCACCUCACUUAUAAAAUCUUGGGAGAUGGAUAUUCUCUUCGCUCAAAUGGCUAGUGCGCAAGUCGUCGUUACGAUUCCCAUUUAUUUCAUCCCAAUCUACUUCCAAUUUGCCAAAGCAGAAACCGCCUUGCGAAGUGGUGUCCAGCUUCUCCCGUUCGUAUUGCCACUAGUCUUUGCAGUUAUGCUAAACGGAGCGGUCAUGGCCCAAGUUGGAUACUACAUGCCGUGGUAUGUAGUCGGCUCAGCUCUGGCAUUAGCUGGCAGCGUGUUGCUUUAUACUAUUAACAUCAAUACGACGGACGCUCGCAUUCACGGGUACUCUAUUCUAACCGCCUUUGGCGUUGGCCUCUUUUCACAAGCUGGGUUCGCAGUGGCACAGGUGAAAUCAGCGCCCCAGUUGCUGUCGCAAGCGGUAGCUUUCAUUGGAAUUGGCCAAAUCAGUGGUAUCACACUAGCAUUGGUAAUAUCCAACAGCAUUUUCUUGAACGAUUCAACCGAUAAGAUUGCUAGUAUAUUACCUGAUAUGCCGCGGAGCGUUGUCCAACAAGCGGUUUCAGGGGUUGGGGGAGACUUUUUCAACAACCUCACUUCGGAUCAGCGACAACGCGUUUUAAAUGCCAUAAUAGAAAGUAUUGACAAUACGUUUAUUUUGGUUAUCACAGCCAGCGCACUAUCCCUUGUCCUUUCUGUCUUUAUGAAACGCGAGCGGCUUUUCGUCACUCCGCCAAAAUGAGAUACAGGGAAUAGUUACGGAAUACAGGUUACUAUCAAGUAUUAUAGCCGAGAUUUCAGAUCCUUGCUAGCAAGAAAUUCUGUUAUAUUUCUACCCAUAUGUAUCCAGAAAUGGUUUAAUUGGCGUCUUGGAAGACUUUCUGUUAAGGGUUGGGGCUCUUCCCCUUUUUUCUUCACUUAUAAUCCGACUACAUAGAAGUGUUAAAAUCCGAAACGUAGGACUUUGCUAAGUUUAUUAUAGUAUAUCAAGC